AUGCGCCUCAUCAACACUUCAUCUCUGGACAUAUUCGAAUUUGCACCUAAAAGCAUCCCGCCAUAUGCUAUACUGUCCCACCGAUGGGAUGAAACGGAGCUUAGUUUGCAAGAUCUGAACCGAGAAGACCGCGAUCAGUUGCCUGGAUUUUCCAAGAUACGAGGUUGUUGUAAUCAAGCUCAGCACGAAGGGUUGGAAUGGGCGUGGAUUGAUUCGUGCUGUAUCGACAAAACGAGCAGCGCCGAGUUGUCCGAAGCGAUCAACUCUAUGUUCCAAUGGUACAAGAGCUCGAGGAUUUGCUAUACCUAUCUUGCAGACGUGUCUGAUGGGGUGUCUGAUAUACGAGCGGGUGGACACCAAUUUUUGGCUUCGCAGUGGUUUACCAGAGGCUGGACACUACAAGAGCUCCUUGCACCGAAGUACUUGAUGUUCUUUGACUCUGAAUGGAAUUGCAUCGGCGCACGGAAUGACUGGCAAGCAAAGGACCCAACCAUCAAGCUCGAAAAGCUCAUAGAGCAGGCAACUGGGAUCAAGAACUUGGCUGGCUACAACAACGCAUCCGUGGCAUGCAAGAUGUCUUGGGCAGCAGGUCGAUCCACUACGAGAGAGGAGGAUCGUGCCUUGAUGGGACUUUUUGGGGUCAAUAUGCCUCCUCUUUAUGGCGAAGGACCUAGGGCAUUUCACAGAUUGCAACUGGAGAUCCUCCGCGAAACAGACGAUGAAUCGAUUUUUGCAUGGGCAGAUCCUCAGGAUCUUAGCGGGAGUCUUUUAGCACCUUCUGUAACUGCAUUCCAAUGCUCUGGCGGAGUUGAAAGAAUGGAGCAUCCACUUGUUCGGGGUGGAGGAAAGAACUCGCAGUCCUAUGAGCGACCACCUUACAGUAUGACCAACAAGGGAAUUCACUUUCCAGGUCGUGCGUUGAAAAUUUUUGAUCGGAGCGACAAGACACAUUCUGAAUCCGAGGACUUUUCUUCUGCAACAGUCCCUAUUCACUGCACAGACACUUCGCUGGGACAUGAAGACCUUCUGGGCGGACACCUUCAUGAUUGGGAAAGCUUCUACAUACGCCAACUUGGACGAUACGAAUCACCAUUCCAAGGACCAUUCAAAAUCAUGCUAUUCAUCGGCGAACUCAAUCUUCAAGGCUAUGAGUACAGUGAUUAUUCGAUUGACGAAAGCCUCUUCAUGCAGGAUCGCUACAAGCUGACACAACUCGAAGGUGCAAUACGAUUCGAUAUUGUAUCACUUCUCAUGAGUGGUCUGACAGCCGCAGUUAUGUUCAGCAACAAGGAUAGCCAAUGCAUUUUCCUCGUCUUCAAUGUCGUGGAUUUUCAGAUUUCAAUCAGACUUUUAGGGCCAUUCGUCGAUCGUCAAAAGACUCUACCUGGGAAAACUGGACGGAAUUGGGCCAUUUUCGAUGACUAUUUUCGGCAGCCAACCUGGAGGAAUCGUUCUAGAGAAACAUUUCUUAACUGUGAGACUGAGAUGUCUGCCGAUGGUGCUCUUGAGAGGGAUGAGUGUUGCGUUGGUGGUCGCUUCAGCGAAGACAGUUCCGAGGACGAAGAGGUCGUCGAUAUUGGUAACGGCCAAGGUACUGCAUACUAUUCCUACCGGCUGGCUGACUGCAUGGCUUCUGAGAGGAAGGUGAGCGGUAGAGUAGACCGUAUUGAGCGUAUGGGAGCGGAACACUGCUGUACUUAUUGA